AUGCCAGCUGUACCCGAGGAGUGCAAACUUCCCCACAACUUCUUGGGGAGAUCAGGGCUGAAGGUGGCCAACAUGUGUCUCGGCACGGGGACCUUUGGGAAUCCUGGGGGUAGCAGACCCAGUCAGGCCACAGAGGAGUACUCCCACCAGGUGCUUGACCGCUACGUCCAGUGGGGAGGGAACUUCAUCGAUACUGCCGACGUCUACUCACAGGGACUGUCCGAGAAGUACCUUGGAUCCUGGUUAACCAGACAAACACGUGACCAAGUUGUUAUUGCAACAAAGGUUAGAGGAAUCGUGCCAAGUGGGGUUGGUCUGAGUCGUCGCCAUAUUGUGCAGAACAUCCAGAACAGUCUCUCGAGACUCCAGACAGACUAUGUGGAUUUGUACCAGAUGCAUUAUUGGGAUAAUGGAACUCCUAUUGAAGAAACACUCCGCACUUUCCAUGACCUAGUUCGGUGUGGGAAGGUGCACUACGCCGGUGCUAGUAACGUGGUGGGUUGGCAACUGCAGAAGAUAGUAUGUACCACAGACAAGUUGGGCAUAAACCCCUUCAUUAGCUUACAGCAACAGUACAAUCUAGCGUGUCGGGAAUCGGAGUUCGAACCUCUCCAAGUGUGUAAGAUGGAAGGAUUAGGGGUGCUGCCCUGGGGGCCCCUGAAGGGAGGUCUUCUUUCUGGGAAGUACACACGUGACGCUGCUCCGACAACAGGACGUCAUGGCUGGAAGAGCACAAAAUACCCCGGAAGCUGGAAUUCUUUACAAGAGAAUGAUCAGAUCUGGGCCAUCAUAGAUGCAGUGCGGGACAUCGCAAACGCACACGACAAGUCCAUGGCUCAGGUGUCACUGCGCUGGCUGCUACAGAAGGAUGUUGUUCCAUCAGUCAUCAUCGGAGCCACUACUUUGAAUCAACUGGAUGACAACCUGGGGGCUGCUAGUGGCUGGACCCUGUCUUCAGAGGAGAUGGCACGACUGGACAAAGUGUCUCAACCCACUAUACCUUACCCCUAUGAGAUGGUGUGGCGACAGAACGACACCCGGAGUAAUCCCUUCCAGUCAUCAUACAUGGUGUCAAACACAAACUGACUUGACACAAACCGCCGUGCAUGACGAUACUAUAUUACUGUUAUUCUUACGCAGUGGAAUAUAAACAAUUAACUACAAUAUGAAUUUCCCUCAAUGUGAUACGGGAACUAAACGUGACAAAUUGAGGAAGUACUUCAGAUAAUAAUUACGGGGAACUAAACGCGAAUCUCUUACUAAAGAUGAAAAAACGUUAAUGUGACCAGAUUAACUAAAUUUGAUUCUCAAAAUCUAUUGCUGUCACACUUGUCAUACUUAUCAACAUUCUAGCUCUCUUAGCUAGCUAUAUGGUGCUUUUUGUUUGAUCGUUGUUUAGCAAUAUUCCAGCUAUAUGAUGGUGGUCUGUAAAUAAUCGAGUCUGGACAAAACAGACCAGUGAUUGACAUCAUGAGCAUCGAUCCUGGCAAUUAGGAUACGAUGACACGCACCAACCAAGUCACCGAGGCUGACCACCCCAUUCUGUUAGUCGCCUCUUACGACAAGCCUAGUCGCCUCUCUAUGGUGCUUCCUUAUUGCGACGGACCGCCUCAGCGGUCUCGUGGUAGAGUGAGUGAGUUAAAAUCUAGUGGUAGAGCGCCCGCCCGGAGAGCGGAAGGUCGGUGGAUUCGAUCCCCGGCUCGUCAUACAAAGAGAGGUUAAGGGAUGGUACUUGUUGUUACCCUGUCUGGCGCUCAACAUUAAGGGGCUGAAACAAGGACUGGUCGGCUCGGAGUCAGUAUACUGUGUCUGAGUGUGGUAUUCAUGUUAAACCGCGGC